AAAACAACUUGCGCGGUGUUUGCUAUUUAUAUUAAUAUAUAUUAUUAGUUGUAUCUUACCUUGAUUUGUGAAUAUUAAACACAUUUUGCCAGUUGAUGAGACAUAACUUUAAUGCUACAAAAUGUCUAUUCACUUAUUGUGCCUCACUUCCGACGGUGGAGUCCCUAUCUUCUCGAAAAAGAAAGGAGACUGUGAAAACCUACCAUUCUCAACGAUCGCAUCUUUGAACGGUGUUCAUAUGUUUUGCAAAUCGCAGAACGUGGACCUGUCAAUUACCCACCUGGAAGACGGAAUGAUCAUCUGGAAGGAGUACGACAACACUCUGAUGAUGAUCGGAAUUGCAAAGGGCAUUACGGAGAAAGCACUACGCAAUCUGAUGGACUACUCCUAUUUUGCUAUGGUGUUUUGUGUAGGGGUAUCUGCGAUCAAGAAAAUAAAGAAUAUAGAUCGAUUCAAGAGAGAACUCAAGAAUUGCUAUGCUUUGAUUGAUCAACUGUUGGAAGUGGUCGAAAGUGAUUUUUACCGAUUCAAUGAAGCAGUUCUCUGUACGGAAAGUAUGGCGAUGCUGGUUAAGUUAAACGAAUUCAGCCUUCAGAUAGGAUCUCCAUUCUGCUCGAUUCUGAUACGACAGAAGAUUGCCUGUGGCACCGAAGGUUGGUGGGAUCUAGACAUUGUUGAUCGGAAGCUACUGAUGGUGCUACUGAAUGCUUCCAGCACCAUUCAACAGGACGUGCCGGUGUUUUUGCCGAAAAAGAGUCCCGGUAUUGCGUAUCGUUUCAUUAGCAUUCCCAUCACUCAGGGAGUGAGCAUAUGUGCGCUUUGUGGUGCGGAACCACCCUACGAUAAGUUGCAAACCCUCAGUCAGCAGUUCUGGAUGAACGAAAUCGAUCUGUUGAUUACGGCCGAACAGAACUAUCCGAAGAAUUAUCCUGCCACGAUGGAACUGGACUCCAGUAUCCUGGGUUUUCUGUUGCUCAACAAGGAAUAUUCGAAGUUUGUACUUUCGCGAAACGUACAUCUGACCAGUACCGGGAAGAGAACGCUUUCCGGCAAUCAUCGGUUGGAUAUUUUACGAACCUUCUACCAUCAAUCGGUGGAUGCGAUGGAUGACUUGUUCCGUGAGGGCGAGAAGAUCGUCAAUCUGGAACAGUACUGGUGUUCGGAUUAUCACAAGUGUCAUGCUCUACUGGAAGGACAGAACAUUCUUUGUGUGCUUUACACAUCGGCAAUUCCCACGCCUAUCAUGAGGUUAGUAACACAAAAAACACUGAACACGCUAAUAUCGGAUAAGGAUGUCUGCUGGUGAAUGUUGAUUAUUUCUGUCAAGUUUUAGCUUUUUUUUCUUUUGAGCUUUCUUCUAGAGAUUAUUUUAGGUAAGUGUACGAUAUUCAUAAUUGGAAUGAUUGUGUGGCAAAUAAAUCGCGUUGAUUCAUCCAGUAACACCUAAGUUUGUUUAAUUUUUUUCACUAUGUCACACGUCCAAACAGGUUUGAUAGUUAAAAAAAACAUGGACAAGAGGAGUUUAUUGUAUAGUCCGAAAACAGAACGUUA